AUGAAUUGCAAAUCUGUCCACCAGCCCCCAUCUCGGCCGAAAGUCUUAGAAGCGCCAUCCACCAUUGGCUGCGCAAUUCGACCAGACGACAGUUCCAAUGGCGACUUGAAAAUAAACCACUAG